UUGUAUUUUUUUAUUUUGGAAGAAUUGGUAUUUGGUUUGAUAUUGUUGCUGCGAAUUGAUAAUGACAAGUAAAAAGGAUUUUGCUUGGAAGUGGGGGAUACAAGUUGAAGGAGAAAGAUACUUGAGGUGCUCUUUUUGUAAUCAACAAUGCACCGGAGUUAUUACAAGGCUCAAAAAUCACUUAGCUCAUACUCACCAUGGUAUGAAGCCUUGUCCAAAGGUUCCACCAAAUGUCAAAGCCAAAUGUAGUGAUUAUUUGAAAUUUUUUAAGGCAAUCAGUAUGAAGCGAAAUAAAUCACUUCAUGAGCUAUCUGUCCAAAAAAAGAAAAAAGAAUCGCUUCGUGAGCUAGGCCAAUUUGGGAGUAAUGCUUCCAAUGAAAUGGAACAAUCCGAAGAUGGAAUUGGUUGUGGGAGUGGGAGUGGGAGUGGGAGUGGGAGUGCUCCAACUCCAAGUGGCGAGAGUUCUCUAGCUCCCCCUAGGCCUGAAGGACCCAUUGAUACGUAUGUGUCAUCUGAACUCGGCAAGCUACACUGAAUUCCAAGCUAAAAAAGGAUGAAAGGAAUGAUGUGUGCCGAAAGAUUGGGCGUUGGUUCUUCAAUUGUGCAAUUCCAUUCAAUGCCGUGAAUAGUCCUUUUUAUUUGUCCAUGAUGGAAGGAAUUUCCAAUUUCGGUCCUGAGUUCAAACCCCCUUCCAUGUAUGAGUUGAAGACUUGGAUCCUUAGGCAAGAAGUUGAAGAUAUUCAAGCAACAAUGGUUGAACAUAAAAACGCUUGGAAUGAAUAUGGGUGCACCAUCAUGUUAGAUGGUUGGACAGAUGGAAAAAAUCGGGUUCUUCUUAACUUUCUAGUGAAUAGUCCUCGAGGGACUUGGUUCUUGAAAUCAGUUGAUGGCUCUGAUACAAUAAAAUAAGAAGACUUGAUGUUCAAGUACUUGGAUGAUGUAGUAGAAGAAAUAGGAGAAAAGAAUGUGGUUCAAGUGAUUACAACUAAUGCAUCAAAUUACAAGAAUGCGGGGAAAAAGCUUAUGGAGAAGAGGAAGAAAUUGUGGUGGACUCCAUGUGCCGCCCAUUGCAUUGAUUUAAUGCUGGAAGAUAUUAGCAAGUUGACAGUUUUUGAAAAUAUUAUUCAAAAGGGUAAGCAAUUAGUGAAGUUCAUUUAUGGACAUUCAUGGGUCCUUUCUUUGAUGAGGCAUUACACUGACAAUAAAGAGAUCAUCCGUCCAGCGGUGACACGCUUUGCCACUGUUUAUCUCACACUUCAGAGCAUUUAUAAGGCUAAGAGAGGUAUUAUGUCUAUGUUCACCUCCCAAGAAUGGCAUAAAGGUCCAUUCACUAAAAACAAGGAUGGAGUUGUGGCUCGUAAAAUUGUACUACAUGAUGCUAAUUUUUGGUCUCACAUUGCCUUUUGCAUCAAGGUGGUUAUUCCACUUAUCUCUGUUUUAAGGGAGGUUGAUUUAGAAGAGAGACCUGCAAUGGGCUAUAUUUAUGAGUUGAUGGAUGCAGCAAGGGAGAAGAUUGCCUUCAAUUGUGGAAAUGUGGAGAGAAAAUAUAAACCAAUUUGGAAUAAAAUUGAUAAAAGAUGGGGUCCACAAUGUCAUCACCCUUUGCAAGCUGCUGGUUAUUAUUUGAACCCGCAAUUGCAUUAUGAAGAAACUUUCACAAACUCUAAAGAAGUGAGGGAAGGUUUGUAUGCAUGCAUGGAUAUGAUGUUGAGUGGAGAUGAACGCGUUCAAGCGGAUUGCCAAUUGGACAAUUAUAUUCAUGCAGAAGGAGAUUUUGGAAGUGAAGUAGCAGUGAAAUGCCGGAAAUUGCGAUCACCAAUCAAUUGGUGGUUGCGUUUUGGGAGGGAGACACCGGAGUUGACGAAGUUUGCUGUUCGAGUCCUUAGCCUUACUUGUAGUGCAUCUGGGUGUGAGAGGAAUUGGAGCACCUUUGAAUUGAUUCAUACAAAGAAAAGAAAUAGACUUGAACAAAAAAGGCUAAAUGCUCUAGUCUAUGUGAAAUAUAAUACGGCUCUAAAGCAACGAAGUAUUCAAAGGAAGAGAAAGGUUGAUCCAAUAUUAGUGGAUGAUAUUCCCUCCGAUGAUGAAUGGAUAACGGAGGUUGAGGAACCAUCUCUUCCAUUUGAUCCUUCUUGGAUAGAAGAGGAAGACAUAUUUGAUGUUGAUGCCAUUAGGAAUGUGCCAAUUCCUACCUAUGAAAGUGGUCUACAACCUCGAGAGUCAAUUAUUCUUAAGUCUGUUCUUGAUGAUCCUCCUACUGCUCCUAGUGAGCCUUCUUUUAAUGAGCGUAUCCCUUCUCCACCUAUUAUUCGAUACAAAUGAGGUCGUGUUGAAAGAUCAAGUAAUGAUAUGCGAAAAAGCAAGGCUCCAAAAAGGGGAUGCUUGUUGAUGAGGGAUCAAGAUGAUAUGAGUUGGUUGGAGUGUCCCUUGGAUGAAGAUGCUAAUAAUAAUGAUAUUGGUUCAAAUCAUGGUAGUUUGGUUUUGGAUGAUGACCUUCUUAAUGAUGACGAGGAUGAUAUGAAUGAGUGAAGAUGAUUUUUUGUGGUUUUUGGUGUAUUGUGGAUGAUCUUUUUAAGAUCAACAUUAUGUUUCUU